AUGAUGAUUCCAUAUAAUUAUUAUGAUCAAAGAGUUCCUAUGACUCCAAGAACACCUAAAACUCCUGGAAAUUCCACAAUCAAUACUAAUAAGUCCAAUAUUUCUACUACUCCUGCAACACCUAUCACUCCAGGUGUUACUUAUUUAUUACCAAACUAUUUAGUUGCUGGCCAACCGAAUUAUUUCCAAAGCAAUUUCUAUAAUAACCAAAUGACCCCCAAUCCACAGAAUUAUCAACUCACUUCAAAUUAUCAAAUAUCAACGAAUUAUCAAGUUCCACAAAACUUCCAAGUAUCACCAAAUUUUCAAAAUGUAAGUGUGCAUUCACCUAAAGAGACCAAAGAUGGAGUAACAAUAAAUUUUCCUAUUAACAAAUUAUCCAGUGAGAUAUUAGUGCCUUUAGCUGUUUAUAAUACAUUAAUAUCAAUCUAUGGUAAUAUUCAAACGAAAAAAUAUGCCACUAGUGCUAUUAAUCCCAUAAGAAAUUAUUUAACAGUGUAUGAAUAUGCUAUCAAUAAUUCUACUGUAAUUUGGGAUUACGAAACAGGAUUCGUUCAUUUGACGGGGAUUUGGAAAGCUGCAGAGAAUAAUAAUCCAUCAGAUUUAGAUUUCCGAUCUAAAGAAGCAAAAUCAAAAGCUGAUAUUGUCAAGUUGUUAGACAGCACACCCAAGAAAUAUCAAGGUUUUAUAAAAAGGAUCAGAGGAGGGUUUCUUAAAAUACAAGGAACUUGGUUACCUUAUUCCUUAUGUAAGAUAUUAGCUAGAAGAUUUUGUUAUUAUAUCAGAUAUGAAUUGAUCCCCAUUUUUGGUAACGAUUUCCCGGAUUUAUGUUUACAUCCAACAGAUGAAAAGUUCGGACAAUUGAAAUUCGACGAUUUAAAUUUUGAUAAUGUUGACAAUGAUAAAGAUGUAGUUGAAGCUUCAAAAUGUUUACAAGCUUUAAGUAAUUCUUAUACCCAUUCAAAUUAUGAAAAUCAAAAGAUGGAGUCAGCAUUUAAACUUGAAAAUCCUUUCACAUAUAAGCCAAGAAAGAUUCGUACAACAUCUUUUGAUAUGAUAUCCCCCACAACUCCUAUAAAGAAAUCUCCUUCAGGAAUUGAUUCAUUACUUAAAGCUGCUGAUAUGGCUAAAACUGAUACAGAAUUGCCUGGUCAGCCUCCAAAUAAAGUUAGAAGAAUCAGUAUCAAGAUUAAUGAUUUAUUAACGUGA